AUGGCGGUGUUUGAGGCGCCAGCGCCGAUGCAAGCGGUGAUCGGGAGCGCUAUUUCUCGAUGCCGGAGUGCGAGCAAUCCUGGAGCUUUGAUUUCGGUCACUCUUUCUUGCAUCGAUGCUUGCGAUGGCGUGGAUCGCUCCAAAUUCAGCUUCUCUGUCUCGGAUACCGGUCUCAGCGUUACUGGCAAAGCGAUGGAUGAUUUUUGCCACCUCGUUGUUGCGAAUCCUCCUAUCUUGGAUCAUGCUGAAAUUCUCUGGGAUAGAGUGCUCGAGGUUUCCACCCCGGAUCCCAUCGAGAAGAAAAUGCGUAACUACCAAUUGCGAUUCACCGACGCUAGCGGCCUCCAGAUUCUAGAACUCCGACCGCAAUGGAGAGAAAAGCGAACGCUAGUGUCAAUGGACAUUGAAGGCCCGACGCUGGAAACGGUGUCAUCCUUCAGGAAUUUGCUGGAGAAGUUUUCCCUUCCAAUUAUCGAAGUGUCCCUGGAAUGGCACUACGUUAAUUGUCGAGGCGAGCGCGACACUUACCAGAGUCGAGAGGUCCUGACAAGAGAACCAUCGGAGCUUGAUGAGCUUGCGACAGGCUUUGCACACUAUUUGCACAAUAGUCGCCUUUCGGAAGCGGAUCGUGUAGCUGGUAUACAUGUCAACAUUGGAAGGGGUGGCUCGGACAACAUUGGUUCUAGUCUACAUGCAUGUGUAGCUAUUACUGAACCACUGACGACGGUGUCUUCAAAAACGAAGAUUAUGUACUUCGAAGAUUUUGCGUACACUCCAGUGCCUUCGGCGAUGCAGCAGUUUUUGUCGAAGGUUGACUGGAUGAAGUUUAAUCUCCCAGUACAGUCUGUCGACACAGAGACGGCUACUAUCACUUGGGAGUGUUCCAGACACGAGUCGAUUGAUCUUGUUCUCCACAAGGUCACGAAAAAUAUCCUGUUGAAAGACAUCUUGAUUUUGGUAUAUCCGAAACAGGUGAAACGGGCUAUUGAAGGAGCUCUUCAUGACUUGAAACUAAAACUGCCUCAUCGUUUGGCGAGCCCCCAAGCAAUCAAGAUGAUGUCGUGCGUUCCAGACCUCUCUAGAUGCAUUGCAGGACUGAUCAAGUCCUCCACAGACGCAUCGUUCCAAGCCCAGUGCGCAUCACUGUUGGGACUGCUACCGUCAGAGACUCACAAACUAGAAGGCCAGAUCAGUGACAAGCUGAGUUCAAUCGUUAUAGACACUGACAAUUCAAACUCCGGAAAACUAAUCGCCUACGACAACUUAGCAAAAGAAGCCGGCAGUGACACUGACAACUCAAACACGGGAAAACUAAUCACCUACGAAAACUUAGCAAUCGAAGCCAGCAGUGACACCGACAAGUCUGAUGCUGAAGACUUCUUUACAAUUCCAUAA